AUGCCGUACGCCGUCGUGGAAACUACAACAAUUGGCAGCGGGAAGAAAGCGAUGGUCGUGCCGGAAACAUGGGUCAUAUCGAAAAAUGAUCGUCUCGGAUUUGUUCAUUGGCCCGAUGAGCCAUGCGAAAAAAAGUUAAAGGAACUAACAGCGGACGAUCGCAAGUUACCAUCGGAGCAAUGGGAAAAACAUUUGUGUAAAAUCAUAUUCCGUAGCAUUCCGUCGCAAACGUCCGCAGAAAAAGCGUUAGCAAUUUGGCAAAGACAGUUUAACAGCAGCAAGAAGGAUCCGUUAAAGGAGCUACAGCCACCGAAACUCCCAACAAAGCCAACUGUUGUGAAGCCGCUCUUUCCUCGGCAGAAUGAUCUUUUCGGAGGAUUUUUUACGGUAACUUCACGGGACAAGCUGGGCGAUGGGAAUAGUUCGUACCGAGGCAAAUCGCUAAACACUACUGGAGAAGCUUUGCCACCCGAGCUGUACAGUGUGCUGGACGAACUAAAGCAAGAGAUAGUAAGCAAUCAGGAGGAAAUGAUGGUGAAAAUACAGGAAGGUUUCGAUGAAAUGCGAAAAUUCUUCACAUCACUGCUUAAACCAAAUGGCCCACUCGAAUUGAGGGGUGAAGGCGCUGCAAGUAUGAAAACGCCCGACGGUACAUUCACAUUUCAAAGGCUUAUGUCGAUAAACGAUGUGAAACAAUUUGAAGCGCAACUGGCAAGUGCAAAUUAUCGGAAAAACGUGCACACCUGGGUAGAUUCGGUUAUUUGGCAUGAACCGCACGCAGCGAAACGGAUGAAAACUAUGGUCGAACUAAUGUUCGACCAGAAGCUGCUUGCCCAGUUCAGUUGGUUCGGGAUGUAUAACAAAGAGCCGCUAUAUCAGUACCAGAACAUAAGGAAGCUACUGCAAUACAUUACUACCACGCCGUUACAUCAGUCGAACCCAGACGAGGUGAAGUAUUUGUUCCUAUCGAUGAUGAACCUUGAAACAUCGAAAGCUGGUACAAAAAAGCACAAGUUGGCGGAUAGUUCGGUACUUGAUUUAAAAGACCAGAGACGAACCACGACACCAACGAAGCGGUUGAGCACGGGUCAAGCGAAAGUUGCAAAACAAAACAACAAUAUCGUCGAUGUGAACGGAACAAUCGAUCUGGACUUAAUUGUUCAAGAUGGUGAAACGAUGGAAUUUGAAGAAAUUAUUGAACACGAGGAAAUUUUACAACCGGAUGAGGCGGUCGCCGAAAAGAAGAAAAGCGGAUCAGACAAUGGCCGUGCAACGCGGAAAGCUGAUGAAAGCUUGCCGGAAAUUAGUAUUAAUCGCAUUACGUGCGUGGCAGAGCUGAACAUCUUUGAAAAUGAGCUAAAAAACGCAGAGAUGCAACAGAAAGUUCACAAAUGGGUCGACAGUACGGUGGUUAAUCGCGAGACCGAUGUAGAAAAACGCUUGCUUGCACUGCUGGACCGGCUAAUGGAUAAGAAAGUGUUGCAAAGUUUAAGCUGGAUGGAUGCAAAAAGUGCCAAACAACCGCUUGAAGAAUGCAAAAAUUUUGUUCGACUGUUUGAGCAUGCCAGCAGAACCGUCAUACAUCAGACGAUCAUCUACAAUCAUCGUUUGGUGGCGAAUUUCUUUACGAAAAUGCUUGGAGACAGUUGA